GAACUUGACCCCACAGCGGGCCGUUAGCUGCGGUUAAUCCAGACAGAGCGUGACUUUAACGGCGGUUUGGCCUCACCGUUUAGCGGCUGAGCUGUGAGACAAACACCAGAGGAGCGGGGGUCAGGUGCUGCUCACCUCACCUGAGCUCACCUGAAACCUGAGUGUGGAGAGGAAUUAGCUGAUCUGUAAAAACUAAACUUUGCAAAACUAAUGCUAACAGCGGCUAGCGCUUAAUUAGCACGAGUUAGCGUUAGCAAGCGGAAGUGACCUUACAGUUAGUAACAGGUGUUUCUCUUUUAGGCCGUCAGAUUCUCUCGUUAGCACGUUCAGAUACAGGCGGCAGGUGGACAGGGUCCGGCAUCGAGAGGCGGAUGGAGUCGUCAGAGCCAGGCUCGUUUCGCCCCAGAGGAACAUCCACGGUGUCCCUGCACGAGCGCUUCUCCAGAGUCCUGGUGGAACAGCAGACCUGCUCCAGGUUGCAUCAGAGAGCAUCCGCUCCCACGCCCGUGGUCCUGCUGAUGAAGUCGGCUCCGUUAUCGGUGCUUCUUCCACAGGCUGCCGGGGGCUCUGAGAGGGCGGAGCAUCGUCACCUGAGGAAGAAGAGGAGCGUCUGGACUCGACUCGGCUGGCAGCGGGUGAAUCGCCGCCCAUCGGCCUCCGUGCAUUCAGGCUUCUGGAGCUUCAUGAACAAAUACAGGUGGAGAGCGCAGGUCACCUCCAGCUGCAGGCGAGCAGGAGGUCUGCGCGGUCGACUCGGGAGGCGGAGCCAGCUGAGACCGCUGACCUCAGGACGAAGAUGGUGUGGGGUAAAGCUGCGGAUAGGCGGGGCCACCGCUUCAAAAGGGCGUGACCGCAGCAGAAAGGCGGUACCAACGAAGAAGCAGCUGGACGCCGAGCUGGACGACUACAUGUCCAUGUCCCGGAGCCGACUGGACAAACAGCUGGACGACUACAUGUCCAUGUCCCGGAGCCGAUUGGACGCCGAGCUGGACGAGUACAUGUCGAUGGCGGGACAGCCGCAGCCGCUGUGGGACUGAAACUGUGAGGGGCGGGACCAAAGGUUUGUUCUUACUUUGGAACCACCUCUCCAGGUGUACACGAGUUUUAUUUGGUGACUGAAGGCCGCAGCUCUCAGGCUGCUGAUUGGCUCCUGCUCUCAGGCGCAUUUCUUUGUUUGUUUUCAAACCAGAGCGUUCUGUUUUCUGUUGGUUUGUAUGUGUCCCUGAAGUGGUCGUGUGUCUUUCACUGACCCUCUGUGUUUUGGAAUUUUUAAUGGGUUGUUUGUAAUUUUUGUAAGUUUUUGUUCCCAACAUUUAAAAGAAUAAAAGACGUUCGCCGCUGA